GGCAAUUUUCUAAAAUGUGUGCUCAGCUUUUACAAUAUUUGAUUCGUAUACGAAUAAGUGUCAAACUCUUCUAAUGGUGAAUAUGAUUGCUGUUUGAAAGAAAAAGAAAUGCGGUUCUGUGUAACUCCGUAACCUUCUUAGUGAAACUUUCUUUUUUGUGAUGCAUCUUUCGUGAUUCGGUGUCCGGUACGAUCAUUUUGAGGUCUUCAAACCAUUAUAGUGGCAUUUUUCAUGUGUUGUUCAAAAUAAUUACGAAAAAUCUUUUCAAGAACUAAAAUUUUAUGCUUUAAAAAGACGUCAGAAAUUCGAUCGCCAUCUUGAUUUCCAAAGUUCAUCAAAGCUGAAUACAGAUUUUGUUAUCUAAUGAAUUCUGAAAUUUAUCCAGAUCUGCAUAAAGAGAAUGAUGUAAAGUAUUCACCCCUCGCAGCACAAAGUUUAAGCCGUUGUGAUGUAAACGAUUCAAGCAAACUUUCUGACGGUUGUGUUUCUGUAAACCAAAAUGAAAAGGACAAUGCUGAGCCUUAUUAUUUUCUUCCAAAAUCAGCUGUUUAUUGUAUUAUCCUUUGGUACUUUUUCAGUUUCACCACUCUUUUUUUGAAUAAGUACAUUUUGUCUUAUGAACAUGGAGAUCCUACUAUGCUUGGGUCUGCUCAAUUGGUUAUGUGUGCAGUCUGUGGAUAUCUUCAGUUAAGUUUCCCUUGCAAUUUGUAUACAAGUGUAAAAUGGGACAGAAGUCCGCCGUAUUUUUUUCGAAAUAUGCUCCUAGUUGGGAGUUUAAGGUUUUCGACCUUGUUCCUGGGACUGGUAGCCUUGUGGUAUGUUCCAGUUUCCUUUGCUGAAACCGUCAAAAGUUCUGCUCCAGUAUUUACAGUGUUGUUGGCUUGGUUGUUAAUGGGUGAAAAAACAAGCUGGCUAGUUUGUAUUUCCCUCAUUCCUGUGAUGGGCGGGUUGGCAUUGUGUAGUGCUAAUGAACUUAGUUUUAAUGCUGCUGGAUUUGCUGCUGCAAUGUCAACAAAUUUAUCUGAAUGCUUGCAAAAUGUUUAUUCAAAGAAGCUAAUUAGUAACGACAAACAUUGCUAUAGCCCUCCAGAACUACAAUUUUAUACAAGUGUGGCUUCAUUUUGCAUACAAAUUCCUGCUCUCAUUUUCUUCAUUGAUUUAUCAAAAUUAGAAGAUCCUUUUAGCUCAAGAAUGUUGUUCCUUUUGGUACUGAAUGGAAUAUCAUUUCAUUGUCAGAGCAUUACAGAGUAUUCUCUCUUGAGCUUCAUCUCACCUGUCACUCAUAGUGUUGCAAAUACUGUUAAAAGAGCAUUUCUGAUAUGGUUGUCUGUGAUAACCUUUGGAAAUAAAGUUACAUUCCUUGGUGGACUUGGCACAACUAUUGUCAUAUUUGGGGUGUUUGGAUAUAAUAAAGCUAAAGAAGUUGCACCAACCAUUUUAUCACCAACAAAGGGAGCAAAAAGUAUCCAUUUGAUAUGAAGUUAUUUAUUUAUGUCGACAUUUUAUUUAUCCUAGAUGAAAUAUGGACAUGCAUGUUUUCCAAACGAAUGUGUAAGUGUUGUAAUAUAGGCCCGACUUCAGAAAAAACAAAACACUCCUUAUAAAACUAUGUAACAUAAUUUUUGAUUCUGUUUAAUCAGUAUUAUCUUCUAAUUGGUUCUAUCAUAAAAACAUGAAAAAUUUUCUUCCUGUGUAAAAACGUUGCUUUUGUGGUCAGGGUAACAAAAAGUAUAAAUUUGUAUUGUAAUUAAAAAAGCUAAGAAUUUGAAUAGUAAGUUACCACCCUUAAGCCAGGGCUAAGACAGAACUACAUGCAAUAGACCAAACAGCCUGGUUAUCACAUCCAAAGACUGCAGUUUGGUUUGUAUUAGAACUCAUCAGUCUGGAUUAGUGAAUAACCAAGCUGGAGGCAGAUAUCUCAGUGAAGAUGAGAGUGCCAAAAUAUGGAAUUCAUUAAUGGCAUUUUAUGUAGUACACUGUUCCUGAUAAAUUGCUGUAUUUAAUUUGUCUUUAGUGUAAAUAAUAUUAAAAUGUGAAAGAGCGUUUUGUUUUUCUUUCAAAGACUGUAAAUGAAAAUACUGAUGCUAUUCAGCAUGACACAGCUCUUGACAUUUUCAUACAAGACUGCAAAUGCUUGCAUUUGGAAACAACUAUGGCUAAUGCCUAUACAGAGGGCUGUUCUUAAAGAUCAAAAAUGAAAACUUACAUAAUGGGGUCAUUUCCAAAAUUUUAAAAGUAUUUUUUUCUGAAAGAGCAUGCUUAAAAACACUUAAACACUCUGACCAUUUUUUAAAUAAUUUAUUUAAGUUUGAUAUUUAAAAAAAAUUACUUUAAUCGGUGUUGUUUACCGCUUCUGUCUUGUGACAUCACAAAUGAUGAAAUGCCAUUCAAUGUUGCCAUUCACAGAACAAAAUAUUUAUUUUGCAUCUUUACUCACGUGUAUUGGCAACGAUAUGGUUGAUAGCAAGCGUAGAGCGCAAUUUUUAUUUGCUGCUUGAUUAUCAUAAUGUGGAAACGUAGUAGAAAGAUGCACCAAAUUGCAUCAUUUGUGACGUCAUAAAGACCACGCCUUGUUUGAAAAAUCAGACAUUUUAAAAAACUAAUUUUAAAAAAACUUUUUGGAAAAUCAAAAUAUUUUCUGGGUCGAUGUAUUUUUUUUUUUUUUUUUUUGCUCAUUCUAUCCAUUUUAAUGACUGAAGGAAAUCACCCCAUUUUGUCACAAAAAAUUUUUAGUGGGUGAGCCUAUUUGUCUUUUUGCAAAUGUUAUAUGGUUUUAAAAUAGUACUACGAAAUAUAUAUGUAUAAUUUUAAAAACUCAUACAUGAUGAAAAAGUCUCCUGCAUUACCUUCAUCUGUUAGUUGCAAUCAAAUCUUUCUCUAGUGCUCUAUUUGCCGUUGCAAUUAUCCAUCUACUUGUUUCCUAUUAUACAAAUUACUGUAAUUUCUAUUAGUUUUAGGCAUAUUUUAUUAAACACUUGGGUCUUACAAUUCUUUUAAGUAAAAUCUAUGUACUAAUAUUUUCCCAGUGCAGUGCCUUGGUUUAGAGGCACUUCAUAUUUGGUGAUUUGAAUAAUGAUAAAUAUUUUGCUAUUAUCUUCGUAAAUAUCCUCUCAUUGUUAUUAAAACAUUUUCAGCACUUUAAAGUUUUUAAUUCUCUCACUUUUAACUAAAAGAUGCUAAAAUUACUAUAUUUUACGUUAGAAAAAUAAUCAUAAUGAAAACUGAAUAGUACUUUGAAAGCAUGGAUGUACAUUACAUUUCCUGUUAGUGGUGUUUGACAGCACAUGUACUCGUUCAAAAGCAUACAAGUAAUAAACCUGAUUCUAAAGUAACAAAAGCAUAAAAUGUUUGACAGAUAAGGUUUUUUUUUCUUUACAGAAAACUCCAUACAUUUUAAUUUAAUUGAAAUUAAUAGCCUUUGUGUAGGCAGAAUAUGCAGGAUGUCUCAAAACCUACCAACAUAAACAAAACUUUGAAUAGCAGUGGCACACACAAGGGGAGGGUCCAGGGGGUUCAUAUCUCUCCCAUCACUCUUGAGUUUUUUUUUUUUUUUUUUUUUGAUUGAUUAUAAUCCUUUGUAUUAAAAUAAUUCCAAGUAAGGCAACAAAAGUUUCAUAUUUAAUAAAAGAAAAAAAAAAAUAUUUAUUUUAUCUUCUUCAUCUUCAAAAUUGAACUGCAUGUGAAGAUAAACCGUUGUAUAAUGAUGAUGUUGCUUCUCUGUUUUUAAUUUUCCUCAUGAGAAAAGUAUGUUCCUAAAGUACUUUCUGGUAUUUUAAUAAAGUAUUUGUUAUUAGUAAUUUAUUUUAGUAACUAAUGCGAAGUAAUUAUUCAAUAAUUUAUUUUCUACUCUUUUUUGUUAUCGAGAAUAGAUAAAAUUAAAAGAAUAUGUUUUGUGGUACGUUGGAGUAGGAUUUGAGAAUGGUGGACCUUCGAUCCUGGACCCCACCUUUGAAAAUUCCUAUGUGCGACACUGUUAAUUAUAAAAUUCAGUCAAAGCAUGGACUGGAGAACUACUGGUCACAAAGGGUAUGAAUCGCAGCUCAGCGUAUUUGUCUGUCACUUCAAUUAGUGACCCUAAUGAAAAAACAUUCUAAGUGUUCUCUGUCCCUAGUUGUGAACAACCUCAGUAUCAAGCAAGUAUACUACAACACAAAUACACUAAAACACUAAUACUGGCGCCAUAAAGCUGUUGUCUAAAUCAUUAAAUUAAAAUUUUUGUACAGUACAGUGGAAGACGUUAAACACAAAGCUGAAAGGACCGGAAAUUUUUUUCAUUUUAAACGAAUUUCGUGUUAAAAGAUUUAUAUUUAAGUGCGCAGUAUACAGUCAGGAUCGCUAUUCCAGCUUGCAUAAACUGAUUUUUCAUGUUAAGCGUUUUCGUGUUAAACGUAUUUCACUGUACAUUCACAGGUGAAUGUAAAGCUUCAUCCAGGAUGGAACAUACUUAUGUUGAGCACGAUGUUAUUGUGUGUCCCCCCCUCCUUCGGGCUUUUUUAGUACAUCUCUCUGCCAUGUCCUGUUAAAAUCAGCGUUCAAUGCGCCCUUUCAAAUUAUAACAAAACUUCAUCUUAAAAGCAAACUUUUUAUCGAAAGUUAAAGACUUUUCACACAAGCCUGCCAGUAAAAUGUAACUUUCUCAUUUAUUUAUCCUCUAGAAUCUGGUUUGAAUGUAAAUCAGAAGCUUUUUAGCGUACUUUUUAAACUAAGCUAUGAAAAGCUAUUCAUUAUAAAAAUAAAAAAAAUUGCUACCAAAAAAUACUUGGGGCAUGUAGAUAGAAAAUCAAAAUUAAAAAAAAUACCCUUUCUAUUACAAAAUUUCCAUCAAAAAGUGCCUUUUAUCUGAAAGCACUCUGCCUUUUGUUUUUUCUUUGAUCUGGAGGAAACAAGGUCGCCCAUAUGCAAAAUUUUAGGGGGGGG